AUGUCCUUCCCUGUGGACAAGAAAGAGUCUAUCCUGGCUGAAGACAAUGUCUCGUCAGCAGAAGGGCAACUCGAUGCCUACAACCGUAUGCCAGAGUCCCUUCGCGGACUCAGCGACGAUGAGUUCAGUGCCAUCAACAAGAAGCUCGUCCGCAAGAUUGACUUCUUCAUCCUUCCAACCAUUGGCAUCCUGUACAUUCUGAACUACAUCGAUCGUCAGAACUUGAGUGCAGCAAAACUUCAGGGCAUCAUGGACGAUCUGAACAUGACCACUGAGCAAUUCGCCACGUCUAUUUCCAUUCUAUUUGUCGGCUACUUGCCCUUCCAAAUUCCCAGCAACCUCAUCAUUACGAAGUUCUCCCGACCAGGCAUGUACAUCUGUGGUGCCGUGGCGAUCUGGGGUGCGAUCUCGGCUUGCACAGCGGCAGUCCACUCAUAUGGUCAACUCCUUGCUGUUCGAGCCAUCCUCGGAGCCGUCGAAGCCGUCUUCUUCCCCGGAGCCAUCUAUUACCUCUCUGCCUGGUACACAAAGAAGGAGCUAGGAAAGCGUAUUGCCGGGCUCUACAUUGCCCAGCAAGUCGGUAAUGCCUUCGGUGGUCUUUUCGCUGCCGCCAUCCUCCAACUUGAUGGACACCACGGCAUCCGCGGCUGGAGAUGGCUAUUCAUCAUCGAGGGCUGUGCCACCGUCGGCAUCGGCAUCAUCUGUGCCUGCAUCAUGCCAGAAUUCCCCCACAACAGCCGUAUCCUCUCCCCGCUUGAGCGUGACUGCGCCGUGUGGCGUCUCGAGUCCGAAGCCGGUGCUGCAGAGGGCACAGAGAACGAGAGCGUGCUGAAAGGAUUUAUGAAAGCCCUUGCAGACCCCAAGCUGUUGCUGCUCAUCAUGUGCAACAUGCUGUCCCAAACACAAGGCUCCAUCGCCAACUACUUCCCCACCCUCGUGAGCUCGCUCAACUUCUCCAGCACCAUCAGUUUGCUCCUCACCGCACCCCCCUAUAUCCUCGCCGGCAUCGUCUACUACGGCCUCAUGUUCUGGUCCGACCGAAAGAACCUCGUCUACCCCAUCAUCCUCAUGUGCAUCGCCAUCUCGAUCCCGAUGUACAUCAUCCCGAUGGCGACUACGAACGUCGGCGCCCGCUACUUCUCCAUGAUGAUACUGCCAUUCGCCUCCGUCGGUCCCCAACUUCUCCUCUACAAGACCAUCAACCUGCACCUUGCACGACCGAUCUCAAAGCGAGCGGCUGCCUCUGCCUUGGUCAAUGCCAUCGGUGGUACGUCCAACAUCUGGGCCUCAUACCUAUACUUUGGAGAGCCUCAUUUCUACGUUGCCUUUGGCACGCUUAUGGGUGCUGCUGUCUUGUUCGCUAUCACAAUCACGAUAUACCGCUGGCUCAUUCUGCGCGAGAACAAACGUCUGGACUCGGGAGAUCCAGUGGAAAUAGCCAAGGUCGUCAAGGGUGGCGUCACAGAGGAAAUGGUACAGCUCGGCUGGCGUUACGAAAUGUACUGA